AUGGCAGUGAGUCAUUAUGAAAAUCCUCGUAGAAGACCGAGUGAAGGUCAGGACUCUAAUGAGGUGAAGCCCUGGGGCCACGGUGCCGUCGCCUCCGAGCCCGGGUCCGGAUACACAACCAAGAACUAUGAAGUAUAUGGAUCAAUGCCAAAUUUAUCUAAAAUUGAAGAUUUGGCUUUGGAGGAACAUUUGAAAGCCAUCAACAAACCUCCUAUCAAAACUAUUCAAACAGAUUAUGGAAGAAUAGUUGAUUGUAUUGAUAUUAAUAAACAAUUAGCUUUUGACCAUCCUCAACUAAAGAAUCAUAAGAUACAGAUACAGCUAAAAUCUAGUUUCCAAGAUACAGAAUAUGAAGCUAUGAAACGUGAUAGAUCAACAAGAUAUUUAAGAAUUGGACUUAAUGAGAAGGAUUCAUGUCCUAAAGGAACAAUUCCAGUUCAGAGAACAACCAAAGAAGAUCUUAUUCAGGCUAAUAAUUUUGGAUUGGUUAUGAAACAUAGAAUUUUCUUUGGAAUUGUGGGAACUCUUGAUGUAUACAAUCCACCUGUUGGGGACGACCAGAUGAGUUCGGCUUAUAUAUGGCUUUCCACUGGUGUAAUUAAUAGUUCCAUGCCUAACUAUGGGGUUAUACAUGCAGGAUGGUAUAUCCAGGAUAAUAGCAUUCAACACACAGGCUGCACCAAUAUGCUAUGUCCUGGUUUUGUGCAAACUAGCCAACAGAUUUUUAUUGGUGCACCAAUCAAGAAUGUAUCAACUUAUGAUGGAGCACAAUAUUCCAUGAGCCUCAACAUUACACAGGAUCCUAAUACUAAAAACUGGUGGCUAAGAACACAAGAUAUGGAUGUUGGAUAUUUUCCAGCAGCAUUAUUUUCUAAUAAAUUGAAUUUUGCAAUGAGAGCGGGUUGGACGGUCAUACAAAGAUUCAGAGAUGAUCAUAUCCCGCUUAAGGAUAGUGUUAGAGUGUAUGCUGAUAACCCUGAUUGUUAUAAUGCCACUUAUUAUGGUUAUGUUGAUGAUAUAUUGCAACAUGUUAUGAUGUUUGGGGGACCUGGUGGAAAUUGUGGUCUUUGA